CUCGAAGUACUAGUAAGUACCAAACUUGUGUUCAAAGAGAGCUUUUUAAGCGUCGCGGACGUAUUUUCGGCUUAUGCAACAACAUGGUCGUUCGGAGGAUUCGAGGAACACCGAACAAUGUUCAAUGUGGUCCGUGCUUCAGUCACAACGCUGACGUUCGCGUAGAUCUCAGGGCAGGAAUGCUACUCCAAUACAAUACCGUCCCAGUAUGAUGAGUAUUAGUAUUCAAUGAGGGAGAAAAGCACUUGUGCGAGAGUGGAUCAACAAAGUUCAGUUGGGUUCCAAACACCAUUGCGGUACAAAAAUAGCAUUGUCAGUGGCAUGUGAGUCAUCGAGGGGGUUUCGCGUUCCAUCUCUAGUUUAUCUUGAACCUGGAAGGCUAACCUUGAAAAGCCAGGAACCAAAGAAAGCCAGGGAUCGCAAGUGAACGCCAGACGCUUCUUCGAUUGGCCGGAUCUUUUUGCCGAAGAUUCGAGCGAGUGAUCCUUAUCAAUGAAGCAGUCAAAGUUGAUGAUGAGAGUGUUGAGUGACGACGACGAGGACGAGUGUCUUAGAUUUUGGGUCUCAGAGGAGUCUAGGAUCAGCGAGCCUUGAGUGAGUCCUCGAGAAGAAAAUAGUGAUAUGUUUGAGUUCUGUGUAUGGAAAAUGUGAGAAGACUCUAAAAUGAGCAGGGAUCUCGGCAAAAACGCUUUGUUCCUUAUCAUUUAUUUAUGCGCACUGUUCCAUCAAGGUUGGCCACGAUGUUACAUUGGAGUGGACUAUCAAGGAGACUUCUACACUCAAGUGAGUGCCGAAACAGAAUCCACGGUCCAAUACUCCCGCAUUGUCAUCCAAGCCGAUGCCAUUCCGAUUUGGGGUAGUUGCCACAAAAAAAUGGGACAGAGCGUGAUCCUAAAGGAAAGCACAACCGAGGGAGAUUGUUAUCGGUGCAUUCAUCUUCAAUAUCGUUCUCCCAAUGUGCUCGAAAUCUUCAGUAAGGGCCUUAACAAAUGUUUCGUUCACGAGUCUCUGGCAAUGCAAUCGUGCCCUUCAGAGACUCAGAUCAGAAUCAACGCCGUUCAAGAGAUGAUGCUGUUCAGAUCCUCAGAUGAGAUCCUCGAGCAAUUCUGCCCUUUUCAUCAUGGUCAUUACCAAUUCACUUACACAAAAGAGACUGGAGGUCCUUUCGCUAGUGAUCGUUGCCCAAGGUUAUCCUCAAAGGCCAGUAAUUGUCCUUCAGCUGCGGAUAUUGAGCUUAAUUUCGAAGGAUGCUCGUUCAGGGAUAAAACCCUCAGGUUCAAAUGUCUUGGGGAUUGGAGAGCUAAUGAGACGGGAGAGAAAUUUCUUGCCCUUCUAGAGAUUGAUCCAAGUGACGAAUCUGGUCCCAAGUACAGAUGUGGAUUAUUCCACGAGGAUGAAGUCACCGGACGUGCAGCCUUGACUCUUUCCAGCGAUAGCACGUGUCAAACUAAUCUCUAUUCGGCCUCCAUGGGCUUUGAAAGCCUUCAAUUGAGGGCCUCACCAGAAAGGCCUUGGCCUGUUGUUGUCAGAAAAGGCUCCUGCAGAUUUCCGGAAUGGAGUCAGGGGAGAUGGAAGGAUCUCUCCAUAGAAGACGCCAUUAUGAAACACCAAAGUGACGUGGAUCUCCAAACUUUUUCUUCUCACUGUAUCCAACAAUCAAACAAGAACCAGAAUAGGUUUCUCAUUCACUCCAGAUCCAAUUGUGGAUCCAGUCAGUACAACUGUGUCUGGUUCGAACAGAGAGGUGUAAAUAUUUUAGAGUACCAACUCGGUCUCCGACCCUCAACCAUUCCAAGCUCCGAACUCUGUGAUAACGAUAACUUUCUCCAACGAACUUGGAAGACACAGCCGAAACGAGAUUUCCUGUCGCUAUCAUCUUGUCCUAUAGCCGGGGAUUACACGGGUAUUUUACCCGACAACCCAAAUUUUUGUGCCAAACUCUCGUCAGAUUGCAACAAUCCAGAUGUCAUGUUCUACUCUGUAUCUUCGUGUGAUAAUCAAUCCCAAGUGCUUGAAGAGAACAAUAGACAGGCGAGAUCUGCUCAAAAUCAAGAUCGUGACGUCGACCAAGGAGGUCUUCACCCUAAUUCAAAGCUCGGCGACUCAUUUCAUCCCUCCAGACCUCGAUAUGAACGAGAGUCAACCCAAUCCUUAUCAGCAUUCCGAACCACCACGAACGUCUACGAUCCCUUUGGGUUCAAUACCAGAUUUCGAAAGACAUUGAAUACCCCUAUGACACGAAGUACGCCCACGAUCCGUCGUAGAAACUACUAUUUCCGGGAACACGGGCAAGAUCCAAGACUGUCGAAAUCGAAUGCGGACACAAGCCCUCCUACUAGAUUUCCAAGUCGUAGAGAAACCCUGGAAAGUUAUCCUCCUACGAUGUACAGUUCCACGCCAUUCCCAGUCCAAUUGGAAACCCAAUCACUCACAUCAAUGGAACCAGAUUAUGAAAGAAAACCCACGCUGAGCGAGAUCUUCAGGGUGCCACUGGGGUCGUCAGUGAUUUCCAAGGCAGAGACCGCCUCCCGCGACCUCAAUCAGGGUUUCGUGGGAAGGCGAUCUGAAGAUCGUGAGUACCAAUGUCUUGGUCAAUGGGAGGAAGAUGGUCAGCUCUUCACCUACACAAAACGAAGAGAUGUCCCUGGAUAUGAAUGCUUCAUUGGUUCCGUGGAUCACAUGAAUGGAAUUUACCUCAUAGAAGGUGGUGUCGAUUGUCGACGUGGUCUCCGAGUGACUUCAUUUGGCAUGAAACUGUCCAAACGAAGCAAUUGCUAUGGCUUCCCAUCCACAGAAUUGGAAAAAAUGAAGCCCAAAGUGAAUCACACGCCUUGGUUCACACCCACUUUGAAGCAUCCCACCAACAAUCCAAAUCAUCCAGGUCGAACUACUCACGUGAUAACAGAGAACGACCUGGUUAAAUGGUCCAACAAACCUUGGACACCAAUUCGUGAGCCGUCUUCGAGUUCUGUUCCAGCCUUGCGUACACACAAGAUCAUGUUAUUAGUAUUCAGUUUCUACUACUCCUUACGAUUUUUAUAAAAUCUACCCUCAGAAAUAUGCACUGUGCUUGCACCUUAUUUACUAUAUUUCCUUUGGCCAGCAAAUCAAACCUUAACCGCUAGUCGUUAUCAUGAAGUGUGCUUUGACGAUGUUAACUCAGAAAUAAAACAAUUGCUAACUCAAAAAUGACGUUAAUCCCCAUGAAUCCAUCUAUUCUUGAAAUUAUAGGCUGAAAUAUAUAUACAAAUUUA